AUGACCCGUGUUGACCAGAUUGCUGGUCCUUCGACUGCUCACUCUCGAUUGCCCACCUCUGUCCUUCCGCUCGUUGAGGCCACUCCUUCAUUCACCAUCGAUGCCGCCAAUAAGUCGUUCAAACAUCAAUAUGCAAACAUCUAUUUUAUUCGUCUAAAACUACUGAGGGAACACGUUGAGAGAGAGGCUGAGCGCAAAUGGAGAGAAGUUAGCGGGUCACCCGUACUUGUUCCCAGAGUUCUUGAAGUUGUGCGGGGCCAGCUUUGCUUUGUCGUGGGAACAGUGUAUAUGGAGAUGCCCCUAAAAGCUAAUGUGUUGGAGGACGUCGGCAGAGACCACUCAAUUCCUGCCCCACCACCUCGAGACAAGAUCUACUCGGCUGAUGACCAUGUCACUCUGGAAGACGAAUCUGGACGAAUCCAGCUCGUCGGUGAGAAGAUCGAGAGAGAACGACUUGUGACUGGUGUCAUCCUUGGUGCCCUAGGCUAUGAAAAUGCGAAUGGAGACUUCCAGGUGGUGGAUGUGUGCUAUGCCGGAAUGGCUUCGCAAGCAGCACACCCUGAACAUAUGGAUGGGAUGGACGUGGACGACACGCCCGUGGUGACUGACUCAUCAUCAAAAACGGUACAACAAGAAGAAUAUGUUGCCUUCGUUUCAGGUCUCGAUAUUGGAUCGCCCACUCCCUCGGAUGCCCAAAUUCAGAUGUUGGUCGAGUACCUGACAGGUGAAGCAGGAGGGUUGGAUGAUCAAGUCUCUGCUUCCCAAAUAUCGCGACUCGUGAUUCUUGGGAACUCUCUUUCAGACGCAGUCAAUGCGCAGAUCGCGGCGGAAGAUAGCCCCAAGGACAAAGACAAGAAGGGAAAACGGUAUGGCUACGAUAACGCGUCUUUCUCUCCUCAUCCGACAAUCAAUCUCUCUGGCCACCUCCAUGACCUUGCGCGGACCUUACCUAUACAUCUCCUUCCCGGCGCCUCCGAUCCUUCUGGGACCAUCUUGCCACAACAACCCCUUCCUCGUAUGAUGUUUGGUCCCGCAGCAGCGUUCUCUUCCUUUACCUGCGAGACGAACCCUACGUACAUCCGUCUCUCGCCUGGGAAGCCACAGGAGCAAGAGAACAUACCGCCGUCGGCACCGUCACCCGCCAAAAAGUCAGAUUCGUGGGCACGAACAAUCCUUGCGACUUCGGGCCAACCUCUAGACGACAUGUUCAAGUACGUGCCUAGUCCACCUGCUACGCGGUUAGGGUUGGCCGAGUCCACACUCCGAUGGCGACAUAUGGCUCCUACUGCGCCGGACACACUAUGGUGCCACCCGUUCUUUACGAAGGACCCGUUCAUUCUCUCACAGACACCUGACGUCUACGCUAUCGGAUGCCAGCCAAAAUUCUCGACGAAGCUCGUGAAGGAUGAUGAGCGGAGAUGUAGGAUUGUUCUCGUUCCCAAUUUCGCAGAGACGGGUGUCCUGGUUCUAGUUGGAAUGAGGCGACUCGACGCGAAAAUUGUUAAGUUUUCGGUCGACGAAGAGGACAUGGAUGUGGGAGAGAUGGAAGCCGAUGUGUGA